GGGGGGUCUCCGCUCCCAGCCUCAAGCAGUAGGCAAACUGUGUUCCCCCCACACACAAGGGGAAGAGUUGGAGGGGCCCGCCCCGUGAUGUCACCCCCGCCCUGUCCCCUUCCUCCACCCCCACCCCCACCCCCCCAAGCUGGUUGCUUUUAGUUCACGGGGCUUGGGCUACGACUUGCAAGAGUUUAGGGGGCAACGAACUGAGUGGCCUUGGGGGUACCGACGCCCGACAGCCGCCCGGACACCUAGGACCUCCGGGCAGGGAUGCAGCUGGGGGUCUAGGGAAGCACUUCUACCCCCUUCCUCUCCUCAGCCUGGCAGGGUGGUUUCCCAAACCCCUCGAGACAUUCAUGGAUGGAUGAGAGGAGCUGACAUUGACCUCCCCCUCUGUGACCACCUUCUCUUCCUGCCAUGGAGGAAGCUUUGCUGCCCCUGGCCAUGACCUCUGACCCCAGGCCCUUUAAUCAACAACUCCCAGAGCCUCCAGACCCAAGAUGUGUCUUGGAACCCCAGGACAAUCCUGAACUGGCACCUGCCCUGGUGUGUGCUCUUUGCUGCUGCUUUGGAAUCAUCUACUGCUGUUUCGGCUACCGCUGCUUCAAGGCAGUGAUGUUUCUCUCCGGCCUGCUCUCAGGAGCUCUGGUGAUCUUUCUGCUAUGCCACAAGGAGCGAGUGCUAGAGACACAGCUGAGCCUGGAGGUGAGCGCGGGCAUUGCGCUGGGCAUCGGACUCCUCUGCGGCCUGGUCACCAUGCUGGUUCGCAGUGUUGGGCUCUUCCUGACUGGUCUCCUGCUAGGCCUAACCCUGGGUGCCGGGGCCCUGCUGGGCACCGAACCCAUCUACCAGCCACCUUCAGCCUGGGUACCGGCUGGGGGGCUAGUGGGGCUGGCACUGCUGGGAGCCCUGCUCACGCUUCGGUGGCCACGUCCAUUCACCAUUCUGGGCACAGCCCUGCUGGGUGCUGCGGUGCUGGUGGCCUGUGCUGACUAUUUCCUGGAAGGGCUGGCACUGGGCAGUCGGCUGGGCCAACGCUUGCAGGCACUUCCGGCCUUGCCUCCUCUCUGCUGGUAUAGCUGGGUCUUGCUGGGGACUUGGCCGGCCCUGGGGGCCCUUGGGGCCCUGGCCCAGUGGAAGCUCAUGGAUGAGGAACAUGGAGGCCACGCCAAUGUGGUCUUGAGCCACCAGCGAAGGCAUCUCCAACUUCUUCGGAUCCGUCAGCAAGAGGCCAAGUGGCACCGGACCUCCCAUGGGGUGGGGCUCUGUGAGGGCAGCUACCGGAGGCAGCUCCCCACCAACGCCCGGAGUCCUGCUGACAGUCUGGCUCCAAGUUAUCUCCAGAGCCUUCGAGAUCGCCAACUGGGACCAGGCUGCCAGGCCACAGCCCCCCACACCAUCCUGGACCUGGAUUCCGACUAUGGUUCCACUAUACCCCUCACCACACCUUCUGGUUCCACCCAGACCUGACCCUAAACCUCCACUGAUACCCCCAUACCGCUAGCAAGGGCCUGGGAGCACCAGGUGGGCAGGGCCUGAGCCCACAGGACUCACACACAGACUUCCCCACCUCUAGACCUGGGGAUGGAAUCUGUGCUCCAACCUAGACCAGACCUGUAGGGAUGGGUUUCAGAGACAGAUACAGAGGAAUCUUGGGGAGGGGAGAGGAAUGGACAUAUGAGUAGCUACGUCUGUCCAAUAAUAGAGGUGCCCUGCUCCCUAAAGUAACCGACUCCCUAAUUCCCUCCAAAUCAAGGGGGGCGGGUUCUUACCCAGAUAGCCUUUUCUAUACCGGCCUCAGUGUGCCACAAAAUGGUAAAAUAAGGGAUUUUGUUUCUGUAGGAACUGUAGAAAAUCAGGAAGCCUCCUAAAGCACUUGAUAGCUUUUUUUUUUUAAUGUGUUUUUAUUGAUUUUUAGAGAGAGAGGAAUGGAGAAGGGAUGGUAAGAUAGAAACAUCGAUGAGAGAGAAGCAUCCAUUGGCUGCCUUCUGCACACCCCCUACUGGGAAUCAAGCCCACAGUUGGGGCAUGUGCCCUGACCUGAAAUCAAACCAGCAACCUCUUGGUUCUUAGGUUGAUGCUUAACCACAGAGCCACACUGGCUGGGCACUUGAUAGCUUUUUGAUGGGGAGAAGGGCACAGAGGAGCUCCAGGAUCCCCCAAUCCCCAGGCUCCUCAUUAGGGGGUAGUUGGGUUCCUGAUUAGCCUUUCCCCCCAGGCCCCAUAGGCUCAGCCCCCUUCUCCUACCUCAGGUGGGGGUAUUGUCCUCCGUGGUGCUUCCCUUUCUCUUCUUGAUGUGGGGAAGGACAUGGGCAAUGCCUGGCUCAGCCCCCGCCUCCCCCAAAAGCUGGCUUCUUGCUCCAAGGAGGGAGCCUUGGCCUACAUGCCGGAGUGUUGCCCUUUGCCCAAAGGAGCCUGGUCUUCGGGCUGUAUGGGAGACAAGUGCCUUUUCUGCCUUUCUUUGUCGGUGAUGCUCAUUUCUUCCUUAACCAGAACUUUGUCCCAGCCACUAGUCCAUUCUAACUCUCCCCACUGUGACUCUACCCCUCAAAGUCAGUUCCCUGAUUCCCCAGACGGCAUGAAGGAAGAUAUCAUGAAGGAAGAUAUAUCCCUCCCCUAGGCGGCAAGGCUAUGAUGAGAGGGAGGAAGAACAUGUGAAUAAAGUGGCAUUAAUUAAACACUGAA